CGCCGAGCAGAGCAGACCACGCGAGAGACAGAGCAGCGGCACCAGCGAGGUGGGUCUCGUAUGAGCAAGUGGGUGCGGGCGGCGCUGGGCGCCGCCGAGCUGCUCGUCAGCGCGGCCGUCCACCUGGGCUACGCCUUCUACAUCUUCGGCGCCGCCGUUGCCGCCGACGUCGCGGCCUCCAUCGUGAAGGGCAUCAUGGCCGGCGUCGCCGCCGGCGGCGUGGCCAAGGACGUCGCCGUCGGGAGCGAGGACGAGGCCGCGGCCCUGCUCGACGGCGCCAUGCCGCCGAUCGUGCUGGUGCACGGCAUCUUCGGCUUCGGCAAAGGCAGGCUGGGCGGGCUUUCGUACUUCGCCGGCGCGGAGGAGAAGGACGACCGCGUGCUGGUGCCGGACCUGGGCUCGCUCACCAGCGUCCACGACCGGGCCCGGGAGCUCUUCUACUACCUCAAGGGCGGGCGCGUGGACUACGGCGAGGCGCACAGCGCGGCGUGCGGCCACGCCCGGUUCGGCCGGACCUACGAGCGCGGCCACUACCCGCUCUGGGACGAGGCCCACCCCGCGCACUUCGUCGGCCACUCCGCCGGCGCGCAGGUCGUUCGCCUCCUCCAGCAGAUGCUCCACGACGGCGCGUUCCCGGGCCACGCCGCCACCUCCGAGCGCUGGGUGCUCAGCGUCACCUCCCUCUCCGGCGCGUUCAACGGCAGCACGCGCGCCUACAUCGACGGCGCGCGCGUCGAGGACGGGGGACGGUCGCUGCGCCCCGUGUGCCUCCUCCAGAUCUGCCGCGUCGGCAGCGUGCUCUACCACUGGCUCGACCUCCCCUGGCUCAAGCGCUACUACGACUUCGGCUUCGACCACUUCGGCAUGUCGCGCCGCCUCGUCGGCGCUCGAGGGCUCGCCGACAUCCUGAUCGCCGGCCGGCGGGGCCCGUUCGCGACGGGGGACUGGAUCGUGCCGGACCUGACGAUCCAGGGCGCGGCGAGGCUCAACGCCCGGCUGCGGACGUUCCCGGGCACCUUCUACUUCAGCUACGCCAGCCGGCGCACCGCCCGGACACGGCGGGGCGCCACCGUCCCGUCGGGCCUGCUGCGGAUCCACCCGCUGCUCUUCCUCCGCGCCCUGCAGAUGUGCCGCUGGCGCUACCCGGCCGGCACGCCGCCGCCGUACGAGGGGUACCGGGACGAGGACUGGGAGGACAACGAUGGCGCGCUCAACAGCUUCUCCAUGACGCACCCGCGGGUCCCCGACGAGCACCCGAGCAUGCCGGUGGACGACGACGGCGCCGGCGGCCGCCCGCUGCAGCCCGGCGUCUGGUACUACCGGAUCGUGGAGGCGGACCACAUGGCGUUCGUCAUCAACCGCCGCCGUGGGGGCGUGCAGUUCGACCUCGUCUACGACAGCAUCUUCCGCAACUGCCGGAGGCUUUGUCUUCCCGACCGCCUCGCCGGCUCACUCCAGAAGCAGAGCUGACUCCGGACAGGGAUCUCGUCGAACGUCGAGCGGCAGAUAUUAUGAAAUCCAACCAUUCUUUACUUUCAGUGAUGAUUAUUCUUCGGACAGGUUCCUGCGAAUAUCAUGGAGCACAAUUCUGGCUAUUUUGUUUCAGCUUAGCUCAGGUCUUCUUUAUUUCGCAACCUAACUUUGCCAAAUAUGAGUCCUGGUUCAGAUCUUUCAUCCAGGUACGGAUCGGGAAACGCAAUACAGGAUGCCAAAACUGAAAACUCACAUUGAUAAAUGAUCCGAGGACUGCCGAAAACAGCUAUCACAAAAUGUUUUCAUGGCUGCACGAUGCAGCCAGGACAUAUGACUAGUGGAAUCAUAUAGAUCGACAACUCCGAUAACUGCUAGCAUUUCAUCUCGGAUGCUUAUUUCAAAGGGGGAAAAAA